CCCAGUCUACCAAAUUGGAAAUACCAAUUGAAUUUCAAAUGGCUUUUAUUUCUACAUUGACUUGGAGCUGUAUCAAGCUCCAAGGUCUUAUUGAAAAUCCAGACUUGGAUGAAGAAGAAAAAAAUAAUCUGGUUUUAAACCACCUGACUGAAGUUGAGGAAUCGACUAGGGAUGUGUUUCCCGAAUUCCAACCUGGCUGGGAGUGGUUCAACACAAAUCGAAGCUUGUCUGUUAGCUCAGAUUUUAACGAUCAAAUAGUUGUUAUUGAUUUCUUCACCUAUUGUUGUAUAAAUUGUAUGCAUAUUCUCCCUGACCUUCAUGCCCUGGAGGAGAAGUUUCCAAGUGAUAAAGCAGGUGUUGUUGUUGUUGGUGUUCAUAGUGCAAAAUUUGAGAAUGAAAAAGUUUCAUCUAAUAUCAUGGCAGCUGUUCAGCGCUAUGGAAUCACCCACCCAGUUGUGAAUGAUAGUGAAGCUGUGUUAUGGAAAACACUGGAAAUUACAUGCUGGCCAACUUUGCUCGUUCUUGGACCUGACAGAAAACCAGUAUUUGUCAUUAUUGGUGAGGGUCAUCGCGAUGUUCUCUUUCGCUAUGUUGAUUGUGCCUUGACAUUUUAUAAGAAUCGGAUUAUUCCACGACCCCUUCCAUUAUCACCCAAAAAGUCGGAAAUAUUUCAGUCUCAUUUACUCUUCCCUGGAAAAGUUUGCAUCAUUAAGUGCGAAUGUGUCGAAGAACCCACCGAUUCUGGAGAUCCAAAACAAGAUUCGACGUACUUAGCCAUUUCCGAUACCGGUCAUCAUCGCAUAUUAAUUACCUCGCUACAGGGCGAAAUCAAGUUAACAGUUGGUGGUGAAGCGCCUGGUUGGAAAGAAGGUAGCUAUGCCACUGCCCAGUUUCACAGUCCGCAGGGUAUUGCCUUUCUACCACCGUGCUAUCUUUACGUUGCAGACACCGGGAACCAUUCCGUUCGCUUGGUGAAUCUAAAAUCAAAAGAAGUGAAAACUGUAGCUGGGAAAGGCGUGCAGGGCACUGACAAAGAAGGCGGACAGCUUGGAACGGAACAGCCAUUAGCUUCUCCAUGGGAUGUCUGUCUGACUCGUUCUUCGACUUCAGAUGAUCCUGAUCUUUUAAUCAUCGCCAAUGCAGGAACUCAUCAGAUAUGGGGACUUGCACUUCGUGAUUUGACAUGGUGGAAAAAACUGCAUGUGGAGGCGGGAAGGUGUCUUCGCCUGGCUGGCUCAGGAGCGGAAGAGAACAGAAACAAUAGUUACCCCGCAAAAGCAGCCUUUGCUCAACCAUCAGGAAUAUCGUGUGGAGUUUUACAAUCUCCUUCAGCGGACUACCUGUUAUUCGUUGCCGACAGUGAAAGCUCUUCAAUCCGACAAAUUAACUUGAAAGACGGGUCUGUUAAAGCGCUGGUUGGUGGCGGGAAGGAUCCGAUGGAUUUAUUUUGUUUUGGAGAUCAAGACAAUCACAGCAACCCCAAAGGUGCAGUUCUGCUUCAGCAUCCUCUAGGUGUUGCUUGGAGUGCCUCUAGCCAACUACUUUACGUAGCCGACUCAUAUAACCAUAAAAUUAAAUCAGUGAAUCCGUUAACCAAAAUGUGUUCCACAUAUUUGGGUAACGGAAAACCGGGACUUGCCGACGGUGGCAGUGAAAACGAAAUUCAAUUUAACGAACCCGGGGGCCUUUGCAUUCACGAGGAACAAAGGAUUUUGUACGUAGCCGAUACGAAUAACCAUUGCAUACGAAAGGUUGACUUAGUCCGCAGUGUUACUGAGACGCUCAAAAUCUCAGUAAAAUCAUCAACAGAAGAAACCCAAACUUUGAUUUCAAAUAUUCUACCUAGCUUUGAAGUAUCAGCAACUUUGCGUCCUAGUUCUCCUAAUUUUAAUUGGACGGUAAAAUUCCAUUGCGCUGACGAACAAUGGAAAUGGUCCGACGUUGCUCCGCAUUCGUGGAAGAUUACACACAUAGAGGGUUUAACUGCAACGGAAAAAAUGGGUCAUAUUCAGGACAGUUUAAUGAAUAUUGACCUUCUACGUGAAUCACUUCAAGAAAAUAAAGGCCCCAAUAAUUAUGUGCAAGUCCAAGCUGACCUCUUCUUGUGUGCCAAACGAUCUGGAGUGUGUAAGAAGAAGUCAGUGAUCAUUCGACUGAAUUUCGUAUUAGACGACAAUACUCAAGUGUCCGAAUCGAAAAUUCAACAUGAGUUCAAUAUUAAUGCCGAUUAACUUAUAUUUAUAAAUCUUUUCUUGCCUGAAAUGGAUACGCUUCCUUUAUAACAAUUCAUAAAAGCAUACAUAGUGCAAACG